GAGUGAGAGAGAGAGCCUGAGAUCAGAGCGCACUCGCCACCAUGGCAGGCUCCGCAUUAGCGCUCGCGCACAGAGCUCCGCUAAACGUCAAAUCAAGCAGCAAUUUCACGCAUGCCUGACGUCAGCACUUCGAUUAGGAGAGCGCGAGAGCGACAGGCGAGGGAAAAUAAACUUCACGCACACUUUGGGAGAAACCAUUCGGCGAUCGCUGUUUUUCCUCCCUCCGCUCGGUGAGCAGGAGAGCCGGCCCGCUGCUGCAGGCAUGCUCAGCUGAAGGCUCUUGCAGUUGGAGCCGCUCGCAGCCACUGACGCCGGGCGCAGGCGAACUGCGACGGCCGCGCCAAACGAGCACCAGUGAUGGCCUCUGCUGAGCAGCUGUGUCCCCACCCGCUGCACCAGCACUGCCCAUAGGCCACACACGCAUACACACAUACACAACGCCUAUAGCCUCCCUUUCCAACACCGUCCAUACACACACACUCCACCAUGUACAGUGUGGAGGACCUUCUGAUCUCUCAUGGAUACAAACUGCCCAGGAGUGCACCUGCCUCCUCCGCUUCUGCUGCGCCUUAUGACAAUCGAAACAACGAAUGUCGUCGUGACAACGUAGAGAACCGGCCCACUGCUGGUGGUGCUGCCGGUGGUGGUGGUGCUCUGAACGGAUUUGGGACAACGGAGGGGGGAGCGGACGGCAGGACAGAAGCGGGCACCGGGGUGUACCGACCUGCGCCGGUCAAGGCUUACCCAGAAAACAACAACAACAUUAACGAGGGCCAUGACAGAAUUCAGCGGAGAUUGGAGGUUCCUGUUGCUUUCCUUGGUGACUUGCAACAACUGGGCGACUCUCUUGCUACAGACAGUGGGUUCUACGAUGCUCCCAGCCUGACAUUCUCUGAACAUGCAGAUGAGAGAGAUAUUUCAUUCUGGAGAAGGAGAGGACAGGACUUCGGUGCUCUAUUGGACUAUGCUGAUCCCAGGGAGCUUAGAGUGUCUGGAGGAUUGUGGCGAGGCCCGGUGCUAGGCGUUGAGGAGCUGAGAGCUGAGAGGCCGCUGGCACGGUGGGAGGAAGGGCCAUGGUUACGGGAACCAAUAGACUCAGGCCCAGAGACUUUACGUGUGACUGGGGAGCGAAAAUGCCAGAGCCUUGGCACAGAGGAAUGGCGCCCUGCAGUAGGGCUGGGUCGGCAGCUGUCAGAUGGAGAGGCUGAACAUUGGUCUCAGGAGCAACAACAUCGCCUUCGACCAGCAGAGGGCGGUGUUUCUGCCACAGUGCGAGCCAAGUCCCAGUCGCUCCCUCGAGUCCUUUCCCCUGAGGAUCCACACUAUGGAGAACUUCCUCAAACCAGUGCCCCAAAUCAUCCCCCUACACAAAGAAGUAGCAGCUCUGCACCAUAUGGUCGAUAUCACAGUGAGUGGCAAGCAGGGGAGAGGUGGAGUGGACAAACCCAAAGUCACGGCCCCACUGCAGUUGUACCAAAGCCACGAUUCAGCCGCCCCGUCAAACCUCCGUCUUAUGAGACUCACCAGCAAAACAGGGGGAGCUGGGAAACUCUGUCAUCCGAGCCUGUGUCCAAACCCAGGGACCGGUCAGUGUGCUUCACUCAGAAUUUUGAACCACUCAGAGACAGGUCUGGUUGUUAUUCUCAGAGUGCAGAGCCUCUGAGAGAUCGGUCCAUUUGUUUUUCACAGAGUGCAGAACCACUCAGAGACCGCUUGUUGAGCCACUCUCAGAGUGCUGAACCACUAAGAGACCGAUUUAUCAGUCAUUCACAAAGUGCAGAACUACUGCGGGACCGCUUUUUCACCCAUUCACAUAGUGCUGACCUGUUAAGGGACCGAUCACUUUGCUAUUCUCAGAGCUCAGAACUGCUUCGAGACAGGUCCAUUUGUUACUCCCAAAGUGCAGAACUUCUGAGACCAGAAGCAUAUAGGGCAGAUCUGUUUUAUCAUGAACUGACUGGAAUGGAGCCACCUGGUUACAUCCCACCUCCCUCUUACAGGAGAUUCCUGCCACCCAGAAGUGGACAGAACUACAGAGCAGACUCUGCACUUGUUCGAUGGAAGCGUGAGCCAGUAAGUGCAGAGAUGGGCCAGUGGUUUUCCAGGACCUCGGGAUUGUCAUGGUCAGAACGGCGUGAAGACCGAAGCAUGGCGGUAGUUCCGAGAAGGCCUGUGCAUCCAGGGCCUGUUGUACCAAGCCGUCCGGGACUUUUCCAAUAUGUCCAAUUUGAUGACCCGCGUAUCAGGCAAGUCUCAGGGGGGCCCUGUGGAAACUCACUAACAGACGCGGACAAGAUCCGUCACGUCAACAAAGAGCUUCCCUGCGCUGCAACUUUAGGACAAUCCACACUUGAUAGUGCCUUUCUCCCUUCACAGGGACAGAGUCUUAGCAUGGACACUAACAAACCGGCUCUCACUGAACAGGAGAACGCUAACCGCUGGCACAAGGGGAUGAACAAAGGCAGUGACACUGUAGCACCUGAUCAGAGCUGUGUCAAGUACCCUGCAGCCUUUCAAACCAGACCUCUGCAACCAAUCGUUAAAACAGAAAGAGGGACAGAGCAGCAGAAUAAAGUAGACAGAAUUGCAGACCAGGUCAAGGUGGAGGGAACAACGGAGCAGGUCAAAGUGGAGAGAGGUGCUGAACAGAUGAGAUCAGACCAAGUCAAAGGAACAGAGCAAGUGAAAACAGAUAGAGUUAUAGAACAAAUCAAAUUGGAAAAGCCCACAGAUCAAGUCAAGCCAGACAGGUUUACUGACAAACAAAUAAAGGUGGAAAGAUUAGCUGACCUUAUACAAGUAGACCGAAUCCCAGAUCAAAUUAAGGCUGAUAGAUAUACGGACAAACAAAUUAAGCCUGAAAUCAAAGCAGAGAAAAUGUCUGAAAAGCCUGCUAAAGCUGACAGAAUAUCAGACAAGCAAAGUAAAGCUGAAAGACUUCUAGAAAAACACUUGAAGAUAGAUAGGAUUUUAGAAAAACAACUUAAGGCAGAUAAAAUGUUAGAAAAACAGUGUAAGCCUGAAAAAUUUACAGAGAAGUCGAAUAAGGCUGACAAACAGGGAAAAGCAGACAGCAGUACAGACCAGAUAAAAGCUGAGAAAAACACUGACAAGGCUGGAAAAGCUGACAAAUCCAUGGAUAAAGGUUCCGCAGAGAGUGUUUCAACUGUAAAGACAGAACCAGUACAGGAACCUGAGAAAAAGAGUGUAAAAAAGAAACUCAGUGAGACUAUUUUCUGCCUUGUGUCUGUGCCACUUUCACAGUCCAGUGCUAAAUCUAGAGAUCAAAACAACAAUGAAGAGAAGGAACCCGACUCUCCUCCAAUUCCUCCUCCUCCUCCACCAAGCUCCUCUAGUGAGAACAGCAACACUCUCGGCUCCCUGCCAAACCAAAGCCUAAAAAGCACAUCCACCACAUCUACUGACUUGGAGCUACAAGCACUUACGCUAGGAAGCUCUGGAAUAGGCAGUGGGACCAGUAGCAUAGCCACAAGGAGGGCUCAUCGCAGAAGGAACUCACGCUCCAGAAUCAUUAAGCCAAAUCCACAUGAUGAGCUCAGACGGUAUUCUGGGGCUUGGCCGGGGGAUCAGUACCGUGAUCAGGAGACCCAGACAAGCCCUGAGCCCAUAAAGAGCAAUGCAAUCCCAGCACCUACAAACACAGAUGCACAAGAUGCUCCUGCCGCCCCAGAGGUACCAGCUUCUGCUGAGAGUACAACAGUGGCUCCGGGGGCUGCCACAGUAGAACAUGGGGCUUCAUCGGCUUCAUCAGCUCCAUCAGUUCCACCAGCUCCAGCAGCUUCAGCAGCUCCACCAGCCUCAGGAGCUCCCAACCCCAGCACCCCUUACGGGUAUCCCAUGAAAGGCCAGAAAAGCCUGAAACCAUCCAGCAACAGCGCCUUUUCAAGGACAGGCACCUUCUCCAAGAGCACAGGUUCUCACAGACCUCCAUUACAUCCCCCGCCACACCCUCCACCCCCACCUCCAACCCAGCCUCCAUCACAACCUCCACCUCCCCCACCAACACAGCCUCCACCUCAGUCCCCACCAUCAGAACAGCCAGAAGAGGCAAAGUCAACCACAUGCCCAAACCCAGAGGCUUCUGGUCAGAUCAUUCUGAAGCCGGUAAGUCGGCGACCUUGGGAUGCCAUUGAGGAGCUUGAUAUGAUCAAUAAAGAGUUGCAAGAUCAAGCAGGUAGGCAGCCUAGCGUGGACCAGUGCAUUGAGGAUCUAAAUGAGGCCUACAAAGAUAUAAUGGAGCUCAGCACUGCCAGCAAUAACCUUCCCAACCGUUCCUCCAUGCAAAUUCCUGAUCGUAUUAAAUCCAGGCUGUCAACAGAUCCACUUGGAAUUCCUGCAACCGCACUUCGCCCUAGCUUGGUGCCUGGAGGUGACCCAGAAUAUAGGGAGGUGAAGAGUGCCUUUUCCCGUCCAUCAACUGGGAAAAGUGUGAGCUUCAGCAAACAGCUAAGAGAGGAGAUUUGUCCUGUUCCUCCCCUUCCAGAACCAGGUUUUAGAGAUUACAAAACAGUCAUGUCCCAGAUAACACAACGCAAAGCCUGCAGGUCAGUGAAACUAGAAAUGCUAGCCCCAAGAGAGACCCAAAGAGAUGAUGAUUUCAUUGCACUUACAUCCUCAACUUCUUCCAUGCCAGCUGAGCUCCCGUGGGGAGACAGACAGCCCAUGCAGGAUGCCUCCACUCUAACCAGUCCCCCAGACUAUGAGCACAUCUGUCAAACUCUCCAAAUGACUCGUGAAUCUGGAGCUGUUAGCCGAGCUUCUGUCAGAUCAAAACCAGGGAGUGCAUUGAGUGUCGAAACCCCUCAACAUGUUCCCAUUCCUGGUAGGCCUCCAGCAGAUUCAGAGCAGCCAUGUUGUUCCUCGGCACUAGAUGUGAGACAGGAGCCAGUCUCUUUAUUCAGGGAGGAAAGAAGCUUGGGUUUUAGGAGGGUAACAAGCCAGUCUAACAGAUUCCUUAAUAAUAGGGGUGUACUGUGUAGCAUUACAACUGGAAAGCCGGUUGGAGACAAAACAGGUCUAGAGGCAAAUCCAGAGGUACCUGCUGACUGGCAGAUGCAGUUAUCAUUAGCUGAAAAACAUAUUGCUACUCUCAUUACAGGAGAGGGUUCAGCAGGAGACAUUGAUAAAUCAAAAAAAGUUAAUGUUGAUGAAGACAUUCACGGUGAGUCAGUUAAGAAUGAAGAGAGCAAAAAUACAGAGACUAAUGUAAAGAAUGAUAACGUAACUGCUCAGCAGAAACAACUAGAAGUACAAGAGAAAGAAAAGGAGCAAAUUAAGAUUACUGAAAGUCAACAAACUGAAAUGACAGAGGAUGUUAAAGCAGAGGACACCUCUAAAGAGAAGACACAAACAGAACAAGAAAAAUGUGAUCAUAAAGACCCUAAGACUGAAGAAAGAAAGCAAGAGUGUAAUGAGACCACAGAGGCAAAAAUAGAACCAGAGGUCAAUUUGAGGGUAAAUAAGGCUGCAAUGUGGACCCAUUCAGGUGUGGAUUCAGAGCUACGACCUGAAUUUCCACCAGAACACCUUCCCCUAUCCGUGUUACCUUCCACUAAUCGUAGAUUGUCUCUAGGGCUGGAUUGGGAGAUGGGUGGUUGGGAAGGGGAAAGUUUAGGCCAAGGUGGCUUCUGGUCGAAAGAGAGACUGUCUCUUGACGCUGAACAGUGGAGUAUUUGUGGGGAGCGGAUGGGUUUAGACAGUGAUAAACAAGAAGGAGGUGGUGAAAAACUGGGUCUGGGGGGUUGGCGUGGGUGUGGGAUAGACAGACAAGCUGAUUCAGAUUGGGACUUGGAUACUAAUAAACAAGAAAGUGGUGACAAAGAGGAGGUUUCAGACACAAAGCAGAAAACACUUAAUCACAGUGAAGGUCAGAGCAGUCCAGCCUCUAGCACCAAUAAAGUGCAGCAUAAACAAGACUCUGCAAAUAAAGGCAGUGAUAAGGGGCAGAGUCAAGGUUCUGAAGAACGUCAGUGUGCAACCAUAGAGAGAAGGAGCCGUGGACUUUCCCAAAGAAUAGAGGCUCUUUUUACAGCCCCGCCCGGACAUGGCUCGGAGGAGAGGCUUGCCCGAAUGAGGGAGGUGGACACUGUCUCACGAAUGAGACGCCUGAGCCUCCGUAGCUCAGACUCUUGGGAUGGACUGCAGGGGGUGGGGAGGUGGGCAGAGUUUGGGAAGGAGGAAGACUGCCCACUUCCUGGCCCACAGGAAACUUUAAACAUCACAAAGGGAGAUGCCCUUCCUUCAGUUAGCAGUGAACCUAAAGAAUCUACAAACGAUCAGGCAACUCUAAAAGAGUCCCAGGAUCCCAGCCAGGCAGAAAGGUCGUAGCUGAACCCUAGAGGUCAUCCACCUGAGGGCCAGCCUCCAGCACUGUGACCUGGCUGUCUGCUAAAUGCCUUCAUCCUCAUAUGCUACUAAAACAUCCCCAGACAUUGAAUUGCACACAUACACAUGCACAUACAAGCUCAACGUUAGACACAGAUACUCAGAGACAUGUCUCUUAUGCUAAUAUUUCCCUCAUACAGAUACAUUCUUACACGUACGUGUACGCAAACAGACACAAGGAUACUCAUUCUCAUGUAUGCAGACACUCAAAUGCAUUCAGAACACAUUUGCCACACUGAGACAUCUAAAAUGGCCUUUUUCUCCGACAAGAGCAUUGUGUAUCGACUCCACUCCACGUCCACUCUGUUCCAGCUCUGCUGGCUUUCUAAGUGUUUGCUGUUCCACUGCCAGAAGGAGGCAAGUUCCCAACAAUGCCCCCCCUCCAUAUGUUACCGUUGUCAUCAUGUCCCGUUUCUGUCAGUUCUCACUUUUGCCACCCUUUCAACCCCCAGCAAAUUUUGGCCGGUUGAAUAUUGUUAGGUGCGUUACUCAACGACAAAGAGCGAACAUCGUUGUGUUACCUAGAAUCAUACAAAACAAAAUCUCUGUCUUGCGUAAGAAACUAUAGACUGUUUGAAAAGUAUGACAGAACAAUCAGUGGAGUUUAAAACCAGCCAAAACCAACUCUGCAAGUCCUUUCCUCACAUAUUUGCAUGUUUCUUCUACCCUCAAUCUGUUUUGACUAAGACCUCAGUCGUAACUUUUCAUCUCACCAAGCUUGCAUACAUCUUAUUAAUUUUUCCUUCAUCUAGACAGUGUUAUCUUUGCGCACCGACGUUAACACCUUUGUUUGUGCCCUCAUCGUUCAACGUUCAGUCUCUCUGUAGUCAACGUCCUGUGCUACACUUCUUAAUUACAAUGACCACGAGUGAUUGACUUUACACUUUAACCAUUAUAAAUCCUUAUAUUGCAGUGAACCAGUAUUGAUCUUACAUCUGUUUGUUUCCCAUUCCUCUUGCUGACUGAACCUCACUGUAUUUUCUUUAAGAUGAGCCCCACCCUAACACUGUGUUCUGAGCGUAACGUGACACAUUUCCAAUGUUGAGCAAUUUUAACAUUUUGUCACUGAAAGUAAAAAAGCUGCAUGAAGUGACACAAAUACGGCCAAUCAAAAAAUGAAACCUAUUUACAUGUAUGCAUUUGAUAUAUGCUUUUAUCCAAACUGACUUGCAGUGCUUUUAAAGGUACAAUGUUUUUUAGCAGCAUCUAGAUUUCAAAUUGCAACCAACCUCAAUUUCAACAAUCACGUCGUCGUCUGAGACAACGUAAUAACAAAACGCGCUCCGUCAGAUCAGUUUGUUCGUUUUUAGGGCAACUGUAGAAACAUAAAGGCGAGUUCCAUGUAAGGAGACACGCUAAGUAUGUAGAUAAAAACAACUUAUUCUAGGGCUGGGCAAUUUUUUUUCUCCGAUUAAUUUAUUUAUAUUUAUAUGUUUCGACAUUACAGAAUAAUAGUAAACUCAUUAAAACUAUAGUGUACCAAUAAGAAUUAGGUUGUGACUAAAAGUAACAUGAAUAUAUCAAAACUUUUUAAUAUUAUAUAUAAUAUUAUACGAAUUUAAAGGGACACUUAACGCAGUGCCCGAAAAUAGUCCCCUGCUAUUGAAAGUUACCAAGGGGACUAUUUUCGGGGCCCUGCAAAAUAUCAUUGCCCCUCCUGCAGUCAUGUUACAGCAGCAAAGUCCUUGAUUAUUACACCAGAAUGAGAGCAUAGUUCCUAGCCAUAUCUGUCUAGAAAAUCACAAAUUUUAAUUUUCUGUCGGUCUUAGUACACAAUGUAACUACAGAAGAGUCAAGUUUUAAAUAAGAAAAAAAUCUAAACUCUUUGGUUAUUUUUUUGCGCGAUGCUAAUGGUCUAAUUCAAUGGAUUAUGCUAAGCUAUGCUAAAAGUGCUAGCGCCAGACCCGGAGAUCAGCUGAAUGGAUUCUAAAACUGUAAAAAUCAAAUGUUUAACUCUAGGGGAGCUGGAAAAUUAGCAUAUUUUCAAAAAAGUGGACUGUCCCUUUAAACAUUUAGGUCCAUAUGUAUGUAUAUAAAAAAAUCAAGUAUUGAAGGGGACAAUUUGGCUGUUUCUUAUAAUUUGGGAGGGACAAAUUUUGCCUUGAUUUUUUUAGCCUAGAUGUUUGGACACCUAUUAGAUGGUUAGAAUUGGUUGCUGGGUAUGUAUUCCUUGGGUUUUAAACCCUUGAGCUUUGCACAUUUAAUGCAAUACCAUUUUGAUGGUCUUGAUACAACCACAGAUGUAGUUUUUAUUACUUGAGUCUUUACUUGAGGCGUGCAUCCAACCAGGCACAACAAGUAAUUCGUCCAUGUUGCUUGUAUGGCUGAGCUAUCCAAGAAGACCAUUAAAAUGUCAAGUCUAGGAUGAAAAUUUUGAGUAGUUGGAGAAGUUUGUCGCUUCACUUAGAACACAGUGUUUACAAUCAGUACCUCAACCCAAAAAUACACCCCAUGAAACCUCAUAAAUUCGUCAUUCCUUAAAAAAACAUUAUGCGGGGACAUGCUCGACCCCUAACGUCCCAUCCCUUUCAUCUGUCACUCUCUUGUCAUUUGUUGGAACAAGUGGCCCGCUUGUGGAGUGCUUUUGGGGUGUGUGGUCACCCCUCUCUCCAAUGUCUUUCUUUUUGAGCAGACAUGAAUGUUUUGUAAAUGCUUUUUAAAAUUUUGGUAUAUGCUUAUUUUGACUUUACCAAAACCGGUAUGGCCGAAUUAAGAGAACUGUUUGAUUUUGAUUUUUUUAUCAAGUUUGUGUCACCUGAGCUGUUUUGCUCCAAAUGAGAAGUUUCGCAUGAGGUGACAGGAGAAGACGCUCAAUGGCUCUGAACUGUUUUCAUUUACCGAUGAAUCGAUCAAAGAAACCAUAUCGCUCUUGGUUUGAACCCACAGUGCCAGAACUGUCGCAGCACACGCGUAGAGAGCUUUGUUCGGUAUCGAUUCAAAUCAGAGAUGUAUCGCAGGUCAUACGGAGGCCUGGGUUGAAUGAGCAGUAUUUGAUGUAUCAACUUGAAAAGCACCUUGUUAAUGUUUUUAUCGCGAUUGGAUUCAAAGAGAAUUUUUAGCUAUCGAGUGGCCUUUUUGAAACACCAGUAACGAUAAGCCUAAGCGAAUUAUACAAACACCACCAAAAUGUUUGCUAUCUUAAGUGUCAAAAUGUGCAUCAUGUUUUGAAUGUUCGUCUGAUAUAUCAAAUACCUUAAACGAUGUUGCGUUACCCAGGUUUCAGCCAGGCAUGAUUUUAAAUUAGGCGAUUGUUUUCAGGCGAUGCCGACUUUUUGAAACAGGGUCCAGACAAGAACACAAUAACGCGCGUUAGCUGCUGUAAAGUUGCGUGUCUAUGCCCUAAACCCCCAGGUAACUUUCGGGAAGCAAUAAAUGCUCAAUGAACAGGCGAAACGUGUACAGAUAAUUCUUACGGUUAAACGUAGACGGUUGCGAAGUAGAGGUCAGGUCUAGAUAUGUAACGAUUUGGAUUAGUUUAGGUGAAAGAUACUAUAUGAUAAUGUGUGAUAUGUACGGAUUUUGCUAAUUUUAGGAAAACGAAAAACUACCAUAUUAUGUUAUAUGGAUUGGAGCGAUGUGAUACUUUAUGAGAUCAUAAUGCAUGAAUGCUUGAGCAAUAUUGUCCAACAUAAACGCUCAUUGGCUGUAGAAAGUCUCGGAAACAGGAUGUACUCGUGUUAAUCUGUCAUCUAUCCAAAUGUCACUCAUAAAAAAGCAUUUGAAGUCAUGCGCGUGUGUGUGCGAGUGUGCAAGUGUGCGUGUUUGCUUGCUUUUUCGACAUCCAUAAGAUUAAAAAAAGGCAUUUCACUGAAUACUUAUUUUUCUUAUCAUUGAACUUGUUAACCAGUCUGCAUAAUGUAUAAAAUAAAAGUAUAUUUUAAAUAUUUUAAAAGAUAUUUUGUAUUUAACCAUAAUAAUUAAUUUCUUCACUCUUGGAUCAAGUUGGCAUUGUUAUGUUGCUGUAUAGAAUGAUAAGAAAAUUAUAUAUCUAUAAUUUUUUAGUGCUUAAAGAAAAAAAUGACAAAACAAGAAAAAAAGUUGGGCAAAUUUAACUUGAAUGUUUACAGAGACCUACAGUGUGUCUCAUUUUGGCUCUCGAACCUUGGACUGAUAGGGGUCCUCAUUGUAAACAUUGGAAGUGAAUUACAGGAUUAUGCUUUUUGAGUUUUGAGUAGUAAAUGCUGCAGUAAAGUAAAAAAGGCCCGUUGUUGAUAUUUGAGACUCUGUAUAGCCGUAAUUUUUAACAUGGACAACAAAUCGGAUAUUAAAUGGAUCCAGUUCCAGCUGCCUAUGGAAACACGGUUCUGUUACAACAAUAGCAAAAAUAACAACAUUAAAAUUGACUUGUUUGGUCUUAAUUACAUUCAAAGCUAAAUGUGGCCUUAUUUUAUUUCAGCAUUUGUAUGUCUUCCAUUCAGAAUCAUGUACUGUUAUCAUCAUAAGCUCGUACCAACAGCUUUCUAUAAAGAAAUGAAACACCGAAGUCAAUAAAUGAGAUCACGCAGCCAAAUAUUUUUUCCUCUUUCUUUGCAAAUACGAUAAGCUAAUGUUUGGAUUUGAAGAAUGAUGUGUAGCACAGUCACAGGAUCUGUUCCCUCUUUCAUUGAAAAGGCCAUAACUGUUAUGAUUUCAUGCUGUUUCCAUGAAAAAAAUAUGUAGCAUCUUUUGCCAUUGUAGCAUUUGGAGAUAAAUGUGAAAUAGCCACUGAAUCAUACUGUUUUACUUUCAAUAGUAACAGUCAGGAUGAUGAUGACACUGUCUGUAUUUUAAAACACAAGCUGCUUGUUGCGUUUUCAUGCCAAGAGUGUCAUGAGUUACAUUUUUUAUGCUAAUUUUUUAUCAUCUGACCUUACUGGAUAUCAUGGUUUGCAUUUGCAUACAUUUUUGGUUUCAUGUUUGUAAAUGUUUUAGGCAUUUGAAAUGUAAAUAUGUGACAUAGGGAUGAAAAAAAUCGAAUUUAAUAAACAUUUUCUACAAUUUAA